AUGGCCUCAAGCAGGUCCAUGGGAUGGAACGGAAACCACUCCUCUGUGGCCGUGUUCAUCCUCCUGGGUCUCUCAGGUGACAAGGAGCCGCAGCUCAUCCUCUUCCCGGUAUUCCUAGGAAUCUAUCUUGUGACUCUCACCUGGAACUUGAGCCUCAUCCUCCUGAUCAGGAUGGACCCCCACCUGCAUACACCCAUGUAUUUCUUUCUCAGUGUACUGUCAUUUACAGAUGUUUCCCUUUCCUCAUCUAUCACACCAAGGAUGCUUGCAGACUUCUUAAAAGAGGAAAAGACAAUUUCCUUCCUUGACUGUGCUACUCAGUAUUUUGUUUUUACCUGGAUAGGCCUAGCUGAAUGCUGCCUCUUGGCUGUCAUGGCCUAUGACCGCUAUGUAGCCAUUGGCAAGCCUCUGCAAUAUUCAGUCAUUAUGUCCCCUGGCCUCUGUGGGAGGAUGGUGGCUGCGGUCUAUAUGACUACUUUUCUUAGUAGCUUAGCUCAAACAACCUCUUGCUUUAAUCUCUACUACUGUGGUCCAAAUAUUAUUCAGCAUUUCUUUUGUGACUUUCCUCAGAUUAUUCCCCUGGCUUGCUCUGAUUCCUUCAUCAGUGACAUAAUUCUUCUUCUGGCAGCUACUUUUUUUGUAUUUGGCUCUUUUCUAGCUACUCUCUUGUCCUAUGGCUUCAUCGGAGUUUCCAUCUUGAAAAUGUCUUCAGGUAAAGCUAGUGUGAAGGCCUUUAAUACCUGUGCCUCCCACCUGACUGCGGUGACACUUUUCUUUAGCACCUCCCUCUCUGUGUACUUGCGCCCCAAGUCUAAUGACUCCACAAAGCAGGACAAGGUACUUUCAGUGUUCUAUGGCAUUCUCAUCCCUAUGUUAAACCCUCUGAUUUAUAGCCUGAGGAAUAAGGAAAUCAAGGAUGCCAUCAAAAGAGCGAUAAAGAGAACUAAGUAUUAG